AUGGAUUUCAUCAAGGUAUUCGAUCAAACGGUUCGGGAAAUAAAGAGGGAGGUGAAUUUGAAGGUGUUGAAGGUUCCCGAGAUCGAACAGAAGGUUUUGGAUGCAACGGAUGAUGAACCUUGGGGUCCUCAUGGUACUGCAUUGGCAGAGAUAGCACAGGCCACAAAGAAAUUCACUGAAUGCCAGAUGGUUAUGAAUGUUCUCUGGACAAGAUUGACUGAAACUGGCAAGAAUUGGCGUUAUGUCUACAAGGCCCUCGCUGUUAUAGAGUAUCUGGUAGCACAUGGAUCUGAUCGUUCAGUCGAUGACAUAAUAGAGCAUACUUUUCAGAUCUCUUCUCUUGCAAGUUUUGAGUAUGUCGAGCCAAGUGGAAAGGAUCUUGGAAUUAAUGUGAGAAAAAAGGCAGAAACAAUUGUGUCUCUUUUAAAUAACAAAGACAAAAUUCAAGAAGUUAGAAACAAAGCUUCUGCCAAUCGUGAAAAGUACUUUGGACUUUCAUCAUCAGGAAUAACGUACAAGUCAGGUGCAGCAUCAUUUAGUAACAGUAGCUGGAAGAGUAGUGAUCAAUAUGGAGGUUUUGGAAACACUAAAGAUGAUGAUACAUAUCAGGAUAGUUACAAAGAGAAGGAUAAAUAUGGUGAAGAUAAAUUUGAGAAGACUACCAAAUCAAAGAAAGAGCCUUCUCGCUAUGGCAGCAAGGAUCAAGACUCUGUAGCUGCUAGUGCUUCAAAAACUUCAACAAAGACUAGCAAGCCUGAUAAAUAUGCUGCAGCUGCUUCACAAAGCUCAAGUGUAGCGUCAAAUAAUUAUGAUGAUGAUUUUGAUGAUUUUGAUCCACGUGGGACGACUAGUGCUAAGACUCCUGCUGGAAGUAACCAAGUGGAUCUUUUUGGGCAAAAUUUGAUCGGCGAUCUUUUGGAUUCACCAGUACCCGUUCCAAUGGCUAAGUCUGAUUUGAACAAUGAUAAGUCAGAGGUUGAUUUAUUUGCUGAUGCCGAUUUUGUAUCAGCAACACCCCAAUCGGAAGUAAGGAAAGCACCUGAUCCUCAGGGCAAUGUUGAUCUAUUUGCUUCCCAGCCUGCCCCUUCUCCUGCUGUUUCUUCAACAUUCGAUUUCUUUGCUGCACCUGAUCCAGCCCCUCAGCCUGACAACAACGCUUCAAAAUCUGAUGCAACUACUAAUAUAGUUGAUCCAUUCGCUGCUGUACCACUGAACAAUUUUGAUCAUUCCGACCCAUUUAGCUCAUUCACUUCUCAUACAGGACCUAUAUCAACAGCAUCUACCGAACGCUCUUCUAAUGAUGGAAGCAAUGCAAAUGGGAAUGGAACUUCAGUUGAUACCAAGCCUGUGCCCAAGAAGGAUCCAUUUCAAGUUAAAUCUGGAAUAUGGGCUGAUUCUUUGAGCCGUGGAAUAAUUGAUCUAAAUAUAUCUGCACCCAAAAAGAUUAACUUAGCAGACGUUGGCAUUGUCGGCGGGUUAUCCGAUGGAUCAGAAGAGAAGGACAAAGGACCUGUAACUUCAUUUAACAUGGGUCGAGCCAUGGGUAGUGGAUCUGGACUUGGUAAAUCCGGGUUUACAUCUACAACAGGCGGAGACAACUUCUUCUCAAACCUAGGCAGCCAACAAUAUGACUUCAGUAGCUUUCAAAAAUGA